CGUUGGUGGCUCAGCCCACUACAAACUUCAUUUGUCUUAUCUUUUCUUCUCCUUACUCUCCAUCAAUGGCUUCUCUUAUCUCUUUCUCUUUGCUCCCAAAACCAAAAGCCGUAAGAAGUUCAAUUUCAGCUCCUCAGACACAGACAAUAAUUGAGAGGCUUGAAGAUAAAUUCGGACGAAAAGGCAUAAAAUUCUCGGAAUCAAACAACAUUCCUAUGGUAGAGCUUAAGGUGAGAAAUGGAAGUUCAUUAAAACUGAGUCUAUCAGAUGCUCAUGUGGUUUCAUAUAAGCCAAAGGUAUACUGGAAAGACGAGGGAUUCGAGGAAGUCCUUUACACAGUUGAUGGUGAUGAGAGCAGAGGUGGGGUUGGUCUUGUUAUCGUAAACGGGGAAGAACCUAAUGGACCAAAAGGAGUGUCUUCAGUAAUCUCAGGAUAUGAUUGGAGUGUCAAGGAUACUGAUUCAGACGCCAUUGAUGCUCUUCAGAUCGAACUUAGCUGUACGGCCGGGGUUCUCGACAUAACGUAUAUCGUCUCUCUCUAUCCAGUAAGCAUGGCUACAGCUCUGGUGGUGAAGAACAAUGGUCGCAAACCAGUUACCCUUAAACCGGGGAUUAUGAGUUACUUGAGGUUCAAGAAACGGAGUGGGGCAGGAAUUCAAGGACUAAAGGGAUGCUCUUAUUGCCCUAACCCGCCUUUGUCAUCGCCUUUUGAGCUCUUGUCUCCUUCCGAGGCAAUGAAGGCGGACUCUUCCGGGUGGUUUGGGUCGGACGAAGGGGAAAAGCCGGGGAUUUGGGCAGUAGAAGAUUCUGUUAUUACACUUCUUGAGAAAAAGAUGAGUAGAGUAUAUGGUGCUCCUCCGGCUGAGAGAUUAAAGGCAGUCUAUAACACUCCACCUUCAAAAUUUGAAACUAUAGAUCAGGGAAGAGGAUUGUUUUUCAGGAUGAUAAGGAUAGGGUUCGAAGAGAUGUAUGUGGGAUCCCCAGGAUCGAUGUGGGACAAGUAUGGGAAGCAACAUUACUUCGUGUGCACAGGUCCAACGUCAAUGCUCGUUCCUGUCGAUGUGGCUUCCGGAGAGACAUGGAGAGGAGCAAUGGUAAUCGAGCAUGAUAAUUUGUAAAUUUCAUUAACUAUAGUUCUGUAUUCUUCAUUUUUUUCUCUAUUUUUGUUGCCAUUUUUUCUUCUACAUUAGUAAAACAAAAUUGAUGUC